UCCGCUCCAGCGCUGCAGGCACCUGGGGCUGGGUUUGUUCGCGGCUCUAUUGCUAUCGCAACGGGAGCUUCGUGUCGCAGGAGAGGGACGCGCAGGUCCCGCCAGCCAGAGCGCGCAGCUCCCUUGCCUGCAGCCGGGGCUUCCCCUGCGUCCUUGUCUGGUGCUGGCCGAGCAGGCCUGGCAGAGGGCGCUGCCCCUCCCUGGGAGCCGCUGGAGGAGGAUGCGCUCAGAGCCGCGCCAUGGGGAGCUCGGUGAGGAAGGGCAAAGCGGUGCUGCCGGCAGAACAGGCUGCCCGCCCGAGCAGGGAGCAGCCCCACCGAGCAGCGUACUUCCUGGGCACAGACGCUGUCUCUGGUAUCCCCAUCUCUCCGCAGACAAGCUGGAGGAUGCAUUUAUCCCAUUGCUGUGUUCGGGCAAGAUCUGUUCAGCAACAGAAGAUUAUCACCAUGAAGCUCAGACUGCAAACAAUGGACAAGCCAUUACAGCUUCCUGCAAAAAUAAAGAUACAGACCUGCAGUUUAAAAUACAGGCCUACAUAGAUAAAAACACUGUUAUGAUCUUCAGUAACACAGCGUGCAGUCUGUCUGCUAAGGUGAAGGAGCUGUUCAAAUCCAUGAGUGUUCCCUACUGUUCACUUGAGCUAGACCAGACAGGUGAGGCUCUUUUGCAGUUGAGUUUUUUGUAUGCAAAUAAAUAUACUGAAAGUCUGCAAGCACCACAGUCUUUCUUAAUAUUUCCUGUGACUACUUCCUCAUUGGCUGUAUCUGCAAACAAUGAGAUUGCUGUUCUUCCUUGUAGUCUAAAGAUGAACUUUUUUUGUAUCUCUUCCUCAUGGGGAGCAUAGAUGUUCUUUUAAAACAGGUGAAACAUUUCCUCACCUGCCUCCUCAGAACUGCCUAACAUGUUAAAGCUACAGUCCCAAAGGGGAUUCACUGCUGUUGUGUGUUUCAUUCUGCUAUAGCUAUGGCUGGGAUUUACAGGAUGGUGUCGGAAAAUGAUAGUGAUGCUCCCUUCCUCCUAUACUGCUUUUUAUUUAACGUUUUAGCCCCUAUGUGAAAAGGUGAGAUGGUAGUGAACUUGCUUUUAUAUGUACAGGGCUUCUCAAACACAUUAAACACAAGUAACUAAAUGGAGAGGUGAGACUGUAAGUUCAUGUAACAAGCACCUUCAUCCAUACCUACAGGGCUUGCUUCUGAUCUCACUUAUGAUAUUACAGUAACGCAACUCCUCUGACUUCAAUGGGUUAUUCCUGGCUUACACUGAUGUCAGUGAGAGGCGUAUAAAGUCCCUUGUGUGUACAUUACACCCAUUUAGAUUAUCUUUGACUAACCAACUUGCUCACUUUGGCACAGCCGACGAUUGAACCCUGACUGUGGAGGCAAAUGUGGCUCUAAAUCACUUUCAUGCUUCCUCUGGUCUCAGCAGAGCCAGAGGUUGGGUCAUCCCCCUGACAUAAGAUAGACUAUCCACAGGGCUACUCUCAUUUAUGGUAGUUUAGGCUACAAUGGUCCUUUGACCAGGGAUCAGUGCAGUGUCACCCAAGCCAGCCCUGACCCAUCUCCUGCAAUAGGGUUGAGGGAUGGCAGAAGCUACUGGCAUAAAGCCAACAUAGCUGCCCUCUGCAACAGCACAAAGAGCAAUUGUUGGAGCCAUGAUCUAGUCUUACGGUUUAC